AUGUAUCUACGACCCAUGGUUGGACAACCCACUGGUACUUCAUUACGAUUUGCAAACUUGGGCGCCGAAGCGGUCAGGAGGUGGACAGACGCCCAUGAUUGCCCUGAUUGCGAGAUAGAAAAAGUCGCAUUGGAAGGCGAUGGAAAGAUUGCCGACAGGGUGGAUAACCUGUGGAAGCUGCUUCUCAACUGGAUUGAGCAGAUCCGCAAUGCAGAUCUGAUCCUGGUAGCAUGCCAUUCGCAGGGCGUUCCAGUGGGAAUCAUGUUGUUGGCAAAGCUGAUCGACCUCGGCAUCAUCACCAAUGCCAAAAUCGGCGUGUGCGCCAUGGGUAAGUUGCCUAUCAACCUUAAUCUUAACUGGGCUUUGAGGGCUCGGCUGACAUGCAUAGCUGGUGUGUCGUUGGGGCCAUUUCCUGACUACAAGUCGAGCAUGGGUAUUCUCAUGGGAGCCGCUAACGAGCUGUGGGAAUUCUCGAACCCAGACAGCGACAUCUCGAAGAGAUAUGAGCACUCACUGAAAGAAGUGCUUCAGUACGGCGCCAGAAUUACAUACAUCGGAAGCAUCGACGAUCAGCUCGUGCCGAUGGAAUCGGCCAUCUACUCCCCCGCAUCCCACCCUUACAUUUACCGCGCUGUUUUCAUUGACGGCCGCAUCCAUGCACCAGACUUCAUCGCCCACCUCGUCGGCUUCGCUCUGAAACUUCGCAAUCUAGGCGUCUCCGACCACGGGCUGCUGAGAGAACUCUCCACGCCGCUCGCGGGCAGCCUUUACUCGGGCGAGGGUCACUCGCGCCUCUACUACGACAACCAGGUCUACGACCUCGCUCUCGCUCAUACCUUGGAAACCUCAGACAUUCGUCCUAACGUGCCCGCCACCGUUACCCACCGUCGCGACGCUAACUCCUCUCUCGCGAACCCAAACCCAUACCAUUUGCCCUGGAUCAUGCGUGGCCUGCUUGAGGAAGAUUUUGUUCGCACUGAGCUUUCAUCCGAGACGGAAGAGCUACUGCAGCAGUUUGACGACUGGAAGCCGGUCACCAAGGCGCUCAAGGACGUCAAGUACCGGCUUGAGGCCAUACGAUCCAAGCUUUAG